AUGGCGAAAGGUUUCACUCAAUUGGAGGGAGUUGACUAUCAAGACACUUUUUCACCCACGGCUAAAAUCAUCUAUGCAUCCCGUCAAUGGUUUGCCAAAUUUUCUGAAGCCAUUCAUUCAGCUGGCUAUGUGCAAUCAAAAGCUGAUUACUCUCUAUUCACUAGAAAGCAAGGCAAGUCUUUCACUAUCCUCUUGAUAUAUGUGGAUGAUAUUUUGAUUACUGGCAAUGAUCCUGAAAGCAUAGCUGAUGUGAAGAAAUUCCUGCAUAAUAAUUUUCGUCUUAAAGACCUAGGUGACUUGAAGUAUUUCCUUGGUAUUGAGAUUUGUGCAUCUAGGAAUGGUAUUUAUAUUUCUCAGCGUAAAUAUGCUUUGGAGAUUAUCAAAGAUGCAGGGUUAUUAGGUGCUGCUCUCAUUGACACUCCCAUGGAACGUGGCUCAAAAUUGAGUGAUAAGAGUGAACCACUCAAAGAUCCGGGAAAAUACAGGAGAUUGGUUGGGCGAUUAAUAUAUCUCACAGUUUUAAGACUGGACAUUACAUAUGUUGUUCAUGUCUUGAGCAUAUUCAUGCACCAACCUCGAAAGGAUCAUUGGGAGGCAGCUUUGCGAGUUGUACGUUUUUUGAAAAAUUCCCCUGGUCAAGGUCUCUUCUUUUCUUCAAACAGUGAUUUUCGGUUGAGAGCUUACUGUGAUUUAAAUUGGGCAAGCUGCCCACUUACUAGAAGAUCUACUACGGGGUACUGCGUAUUCUUAGGUCUAUCAUUGAUCUCAUGGAGGUCGAAGCGCUAG